UUCGAAACGGUUACCAUAACAGUACCAGAGAAUGCUAGAAUCAUUUUCAAGUCUUUAGGAGACAUUAUAGAUGGAUUCAAGGUUUUUAUUAAAGAUCCUUUGGCAGCUAUAUCUAGAAUAGGGAAAGGAGUAUUACAGGUUUAUGCAUCAGUUAUGAAAUUGUUAGAGACAAAACACAAAACACAGGAAGCUUGUGAUUUUCUUAAAGAUUCACAACCAUACUGGUUAGAGCUGACUGAAAUAAUUGAAAUAGUGGACUUAUCAGUGAAGGUCAUGAAUACAGCAAAGGCUAAAAGUAAGGCUUGGGUGGAAGAAAAUAUUGGAGAAGCAGAAGAUACUGUGAAACAAUUUACUAAAGGAAAAUUAUCAUUGCGUGAUGUUAGAGAGAGCAUUGUAGAAGACAUAGAAACAACAGUGGAUGAAUUGAUGUCAGCAUUACAAGGACUUACUGGAUUUGCUGAACCAUUUUUUAACAUGUACACUAAUUUCUUUAACUUGAUAACAUCAGUAAAGGAAGCAUACAACACUUUGAAAGAAGGGUAUGAAUCAGCAAUGUCUACAUUGGCUGGUAUAUUUGGUCCUAAAGCCAAUAGAAAUUUUCCAAAUGUCACGCGUUUGAGUGGAGGUGGGUGUGGCUAUGAUGGUUUCUACCCUGCUGGUGACAAAGGAGGAGUUGACUUAGAAAUUGAUUCUGGAGAAACGGUAGUUUCACCAUUUCCUGGAUUGGUAAUGUUGUCUGAUGCAGAAAAUGAAGUCAUUAUUCAAACAUCUGGAGGUUUUCUGAAAGACAUUGAAAUUAUCUUAAAGAAUGUAAAACCAAAUGGUGAUAUCUUGCAUCCAAAUGAUGACCUUUAUAUUGACAAACUAGUUGCUGCAGGAGAACCUAUUGGAACAGCAACUAGAUCAUCAUGUGACAAUCAUAUUACUGUUAUCUUCCGUAAGAAUGGAGGUUCUAUAGAUCCAACAGGAUUCCUACAAAAAAGAGGCAUUCAAUUACAGCCAUGGCUUCAGAAAUGUGAUGACUAUAAACUAGUGUUCAUGGGUUUCACUAUUGCUGAGGGUUCCAUUAUAGGCGCUAUUGGUAAGAAUUUUAAAGACACCAGCGAGGAAUUGGAAAGUGGGGAACCUGAAACUGAAGACAUGCCAGACUUAGCAGGAGAUCCUCCAGGGGCAGAUCUUGAUCAAAUUAAGAGUGGUGGUAUGGUUGGACAGAUGAACCCAGGAAAUAUGGGGUCCAUAAAUUUGAAUGUUCAAGAUCCAUUCAGUGUUUUACUGAAGAAAGCAGACAGUUUCCUUCAGAAAUUUUCUUUGAAGAAACUAAAGAUGGGUUCAAUCAUAGAUUUUCUUGGAAAACUUAAAAUGGACGAGUCAAAGAAGAAGCUAGCUGUUGUAUUGACGACAGUCAAGAAAUUAAUAGACAAUAAACCCUGUUUUAACCCAUCACAAGCCACAGAUGAUGAAUUAGAAGAGGAAUUUGUAGAAAUCAAGUUAAUAGAGACUGUAUUUGUUGUAACUGCUGGGCUAGGAUUUUGCAGUGUUGAUGAUGACAGCAGUUGUCUGGUUGAGUUGGACUUCCUAAAAGAUGCCAGAAUACCUUUUCCAUCAAAAGAUGCUAAUGGAAAUUUAGUUUGGCCAAAAAUUGAUUUAAAAGAAGUCUUCAAUACAACCAGAAUGAUGGAAGAUUUCAAUGAAAAAGCAAAGACAAUAAUGAAGGAAGUUCUGAUAGCUGCACAAAAUGAAUUGGUUCAAAUGUUAGGUCUUGACCAGAUCUUUGGAAGCUUGACUACAACAGAACCGUGUUCAAGACCAAAUGCAAUGGCAUAUACUCAGAUCAUGAAUGAAUUAAUUGCAAGAGGUCUCAAUGUUUCUGGCACAAAGGAGGAACAAAUGCAACACUUGCUACUUGAUGAUAGAACCUGUAAAUUGGAUGGAAAAACAUGGAUGUUGCCAGAAAUUACCAGUGACACUUUAAAAAAGCAUUUAUAUUAUUCCAUGUCUUCAGAUUGUCAACGCAUAGACGCUUGUGUUGAUUUUUCCGUCAAAGUUUUAGGACAAGUCAUUACAAAGGCUUUUAAAGCAUAUGUUGAGAUAGAUUUUUGUAAUUUUGUGCUUGCAUAUGGAUUUGAAGGACUUAAAAAAUCAACCAUUCUGAUAAACUACAACUGGGGUCAGAUGGAAAGAGGAAAAAUAGCCAAAAAUGAUGAAAAGAAAGUGUUUGUAGUAGAUUUUGGAAUGAAGUUGUGUAUUGAAGGAAGCUGUAUUCUGGAUGACACAAUGUUUAUUCAGGAUUUAGAAAUUCCAAUACCAAUAUGUAAUGAAAAUUUUACAUGGCCAGGUAUGAAGUAA